AACCGGAAGUUGGAACGCGUGAUGACAUUUGUAAACAAAUACUUCUGACAGUCGAGCGUAUGACGGUUAUGUGAAAUGAUAGUGACGAUUGAUUCACAUUGAUUGUACUCUACAACAGCACUCCGACGACAGCUAGUAUGACGGACCAUGAGAUGAUGGAAACUCACAGCUGUGCAGCUUUCACUGUGGAUUUUCAAUCGCGACCAGAAUCAUCACGAGUCCCACAGCGGCUAAUGAAAUAUAAUGAAGAUCUAAACCAGUCCAAUAACAAGAUUUCAAAACAAGAGUUGGACAGAAAACAGUCUGAAGCUGACCAGAGACGGAAAGACUAUGAAAAAGCUAAACUCGACAGAAUCCGAGAAUGUAGUGAAGAAUGUCACAAAAUUGAUACUAAAGUACAGGUUCUGCUGGCCCAGGAUGCCAAACGUCAGGGUCUGCCUGGAACAGAGCACAUUAAAGCUAUGUCAACACGCCAGGCCCUGAUGUCCAUCAAGUCUCUGGCCAAAGAUUUCUCUAAACUGACCCCUGGAAUGGAUUACAGUGACACUGUGAUGUUGGAUGAUUCUUGAUGAUGAUGUUUGAGAGUUAGUACUGAAAAUUGCAUUUAACUAUUUGAUAAUUAUGGAAAGUACUUUCACAGAAUAACUAUGAUUCAGGAAAUACAGUAGAACACCUGAAGUCAUCCAGGUUUGUUAUUAUUGUUCAUACAUCAUAAAAAGUCAUGCUUGUUAGGACCAGUCAUGAAAAUGUACUUGUUAAGAACAACCACAAACUUACACUUGUGCAUCGUUGGAAACCCACGUUCGAUUGUACUAGCGUUUAUCGAUAAACGUCAUUAUAAUUGAACAUGGGUUUCCGAUGAUGCACUCAUGGGACCAAUCAUAAAUUGACUACUGAUUAGAUCAUCCAGUUCAAUUUUUGAUAAAAAAUAUGAAUAUUAUAGGGAACAUAUAUAUAUCUUCAAGUUGUAAGUACACAUAUAUAUAUGUUUGCCUUAUUAGAGGUUGAUUUAAAGUAAAUUUGUGUUUGUACUGUACCAUGAUGUCGUGAGGUAAAAAGGCUUUCCAGUUUAUUCAAGUGAAUGGCCUCGCCCUUAUUUCAGAAUUACAUGAAUCAACAGUAUUCACACAUUUAAAAGAAGCAAAAUGCCUUAACCCUUUCACCACUGUAGACCAUAAUGAACUCAUCCACAUCAGUGCAUGGUAGAGUCUACUAAAGUUGCAUAGGGGUGAAAGGGUUAAGUACAUCACUAUGUGAAUACAGAUGUUAUCAGACCUUUUUGGUAUUGUAGGAAUCUUGCUGUGUCUAUGCAAUGUUACAAGUUUAUUUAUGUUACACCAUGAUAUGUAUUUAUCUUGUACUACAUCUAGCCGAUGGUAGCUAGAUAUAGACCUCUUUAUUUCUGUGAUUGCUGUUUGAUCAACACUUGCCAAAUAUUUGUUUUUGAUGCACAUUGCAUGUAGGUCACACUCAGCUUUGCCUCUACUAAUUGUGAGGCACGUGUUGUAUUAUAGAACCAUAAGUGAUUAUUGAUGUCCUUGAUUGUAAGAAAUAUGUCACUUCUACUUUACAUGUCACUGCUGGAAUUUUUUUGUAUCAUCAGAUUUUAAAACAAAACAAAUUUUCGAGAAUCUAGCAGGUUAAAUUAAAACAAAUAAUUAAUGAUUUUGUUUUGUUUAAACUGUGCAUUGUAUAUGGAUGGAUCUGUGCAUGUAUCUUAUUAUGUGUCCUCGUUCUCUUGCAACAUGCUUUGAUACCAUUUAAAUGCUCAAGAAAAACCUUGAGUUUUGUUUUCCAAUGAUGUCACUGUACGAAUUUCACACUACAUGUGUACUAUUCUGACAUUUUUACCCAUUGUUAUACAUACAGCACUAUGUUGUAAUAUUUGUCUGAGAAAUAAUAUAUCAUCUUUCUAAAUAAUGAAUAGACCUAAUUGAUAUCUCGGCUGAAAUUUCACAUGACAAAUAAUAUACUAUCUCUUUUUAAAACACUUUGAUUGGACAGAGAUAAACUUUUUUUUGUACUUAAGGCAUUUCAGCACAUGAACAUUCCACCCACUUUUAUGAAAAACAU